UUGUUAAAGAAAAAGAAUUUUGCAUCGAUUGAAGCAAAAUAACUUUGUAUAGUUAGGAGUACAACUCAUUUUCUUUCUCAACUCUUUCUGCUCUUUCAUCAAUAUACAAUGUGUUUCUAUGCCUAUAAUUUUUACAAAUAUCCAAAUGCGCGCAAACUGGCCCGGACAACACCGUAACCAAAAAAAAAAGAAAAAAAAAAGGGUACAACUAUCACCAAAGAACAUGUAUUUGGAUAUUUGGUAGUCUGUAAUACAUGUUCUUACAUGAUCUUGGCUUCUAUAAUAGCUAGAGAGAAUCCAAGCUGCUGACUACUUAAAAAAUGAAGUUUGGGAGAGAAUUUAAGGAUCAAAUGGUGCCUGAGUGGAUUGAGGCUUAUAUGGACUAUGGCGAGCUCAAACACCUCUUGAAAGGUAUAGACUGCACGAAGAAAGGAGAUAUUGAGAAUCAAGAAAGUGAAAUUGGGAAAAGCCAACAAAAGAAUUGGACAAAGUUAUCAAAUCGAAAGUUGUGUGUACCAGCUGAUCUAGGAGAAGCUGAAAAGUCAAUUUUUGAAAAAUUGGAUAAUGAGCUUGAAAGAGUUAAUAGCUUUUACAAGGACAAAGUGGAAGAGGCAAAGGGAGAAGCUGCUGAAUUGGCCAAACAAAUGGAUGCUUUGAUAGCUCUCCGGGAAAAGGUAAAAGAAAAGGAUACCAAAGAUUUGCCUGCAGACAAAGCUACUACUGCAGCAUCCUCAAAGAUUACUUCUCCAAGCAGGGCGUUGAGUGAAGAGAAAGACAACCUCGACUUCACAAAAGAAGUGGACAAGUUUGGCGAGAACCCCAUAAAACCAGCUUCUUCUUCAAGCAAUAAUAAAGAUCCUUCAUUAGAUCAACAUGGACGUACUCCCUCAGACGUUCUUGAAUGCGUCAAAAUUCAAAAUACAUCUGGCACUCCAAAAUCAUCGGUAGAAAGACUAUUACUUGGUACCACCGAGAAAGAGUGUAGCUUCAGUCAAGAUGAGCUAAAGGAAGUUGAAGAAAAGUUGAGAAAGGCCUUCGUUGAGUUCUACCAGAAACUUUGCCACCUAAAUCAGUACAGUUUUAUGAACCUCUCAGCAUUUUCUAAGAUCCUAGAAAAAUAUGAAAAGAUUACUUCAAGAAAGGUGAUGAGACCGUACAUGAAAGUCGUGGAUAACUCCUAUAUUGGAAGUUCUGAUGAGGUUAGUAGUCUACUGAAGAAGGUAGAAGCAACAUUUGUCAAGCACUUUUCCAAUUCUGAGCAAGGGGAUGGCAUCAAAUUAUUAAGGCCAAAAAGAAAAAGAGAGAAACACAGCUUACGAUUUCGUUCAGGGUUCUUCUGUGGAUUCUCAAUUGCUCUAAUUAUUGCGGUUGGGUUAAUCAUACAAACAAGAAAGUUAUUGGACAAAGAGGAGGCUACAUUGUACUUGGAUAGCAUCUUCCCCCUUUACAGUUUCUACGGAUACAUCAUCUUACAUAUGCUUUUUUGUGCUGCAAAUAUAUACUUGUGGAGGUGCUAUAGAAUCAACUACGCGUUUAUACUAGGAUUCAAGCCAGGAACCGAAUUAGAUCACAGGGAAGUUUUCCUUUUAGUCUCUGGUCUUGCAGUUUUUGUACUCACCACUUGCCUGGUACAAUUGCAUAUCAGGAUGGACUCGAGGAUUCAAGAUCACGAGACAUAUGUCGAACUGGUCCCUUUGGGCUUACUCAUUGGUUUAGUCCUCAUAUGUCUCUGUCCUUUUAACAUCAUCUAUCGUUCGAGCCGUUUCUUCCUUAUUCGAAGUCUAUUUCGUAGUAUUUGUGCUCCUUUUUACAAGGUCAAUAUGAUAGAUUUUUUCUUAUCAGACCAGCUAGCCAGCCAGACACAAGCGAUAAGAAGUUUCGUAUACUACAUUUGUUAUUAUGGUUGGGGAAAAGCCUCUACUGGACGAAAAAUGUGCCAUGUUAGUGAUGUCUACAUCGUCUUCUAUUACAUUUCAGCUGCAAUUCCUUAUUGGAUUCGAUUCUUCCAGUGUAUGCGACGAUUAGUGGAAGAGAAAAAGAUGCAGCAUGGAUUCAACAGUUUCACCUAUUUCUCGAUGCUUCUGUCAGUUGUCCUUCAGUCAACAUUCAGACUACGGAAAAAAACGACUUGGAAAGUGUGGGCUUUGGCUAGCUCGUUUGUUGCAGCUCUGGCAAACAUAUCUUGGGAUAUCAAGAUGGACUGGGGUCUUCUUCAACAUAAGUCGAGAAAUUUUCUUCUAAGAGACAAGCUACUGCUACCCCACAAAACUGCAUAUUACAUAGCUAUGAUUCUCGAGGUUCUCCUGAGAUUUGUGUGGCUGCAAGUAGUAUUGAGUUUUGACAUGUGCCCACUACGUGGAAAAGUCAUAACAAGCACAUUUGCAAGCUUAGAAAUUCUUCGUCGUGGCAUUUGGAACUUCUUUAGAUUGGAGAAUGAGCACCUAAACAAUGUUGGGGAGUACCGAGCAUUCAAGUCGCUCCCAUUGCCCUUCGUUACAUAUGACGAGAAGGUUGGCAAAAAUGAGUAGGAUGAUACGUCUUAUAUCUGUUCUGUUUCAUCAAAAGAUGAAUGUGUAAAUAGACUACCCUUUCCCAGGAGGGUUGCAUACAUUUUCAAUUACCAGUUCUGUGUAUGCAAAUAUUAGUUAUUACAAAUAAUCUUAAAUAUUUUGUAAACUUUUUCAUCAAAAUUUUAUUUAUCUCUUA